AACGGUUGUACCGGUCUGUACACAGACCCCCUCCUACGUUAACCUACAGCGAGAGUUCUACUCCUCACUACUACCGCAUUGACGCACUGUACGGCUGCAACGUCCUUUGCGUUCGUAGUUUGCGCAGGCGCUGUAGUGCGCCUGUUCACGGAAGCACCUGUGUUAUGACAGAGUAUCGUGUGACGUGAUGUAAAUUGUCAAAUAUAUUUUAAAAGACCUUUAAUAAAACAGCAUGCUCAGCUAUGUGUUGGUCGCGCUUUUAUCUGUGACACUGGCGGUGCUGUUCAUCCCUCGUGAGUGGUCCGUUACAUUUGGGAGUGAAUCAUCAAAAGGGUCGCAGGUUCGACUCCUGAGUAGGAAUGAAUUAUCGCAGUACGAUGGGGAGGAAGACAGCAAAGGAAUAUAUCUUGCCAUACUGGGGCAAGUUUUUGAUGUACAUAAGGGGCAAAAGCACUAUGGACCCGGUGGCGCUUAUCACUUUAUGGCAGGCAAAGAUGCUUCCCUGGCCUUCAUCACUGGAGACUUCACAGAGAGUGGCCUGACAGAUGAUGUGUCCGGUCUGUCCCCCCUGGAGGUGGUCGCCCUGUACGACUGGCUGGCCUUUUAUCAGAGGAGCUACCAAAAUGUAGGUGUGGUAGUAGGUCGGUUCUAUAGCAAGACUGGACAGCCCACAGAGGCCCUGGUACAAGUAGAAGCAACACUAGCAGAGGGCCAGCAAAUCAAGGCUCAGUCUGAGGCUGAGAGGGUUCGCUUCCCAGCUUGCAAUUCGGAGUGGAAUUCUGCCAAUGGAGGAAGAGUUUGGUGCUCCACCAAGAGCGGUGGUGUGGUAAGACAUUGGACAGGUGUGCCACGGAAGCUCUUCUCUCCCAGCUCCAGUGGUGCUCGCUGUGUCUGCCUCGAAGACCCAACAGCAGCUGAGAAAGACCCCAGCCUGCAGAAAUAUGAUGGCUGCCCUGCGCAUGCCGAAUCAUGCUCUGUGGGAGUGCACCAGUCUCUCGGUCAGCCUGGAAAAUUGACCCAUUCAUAGCUGCUUCUCAGCAGCACAGAACUCAGGAAAACACACACUUUGAUUGCUGUGAUUUAGUAGCCAAUGGGUUUUUUUUUUUUGUUUUUUUGUGGGUCACAAUAAA